AUGGCAUUUCAACCACAAAUAACCCCGCAAAGUCCGACCACAAGCCCUGACUUCUCGCCUUACAUGCCUGGAGGGGAGAACUCCACCGUGCCCUUGGAACUCAUCUACGGAUUGGAUGAAUACGCGGGCUAUCAAGGGCUCAAUCUGUGUGCCAUGAUGACGUCCGGUGGCGGAUUGGUGGCCGGUCCAAUAACUCCGCCAAUGGAUGGCACCCCCCGAGAUGGCCUGGAUCCCCACCUGAGCAAAGCCUUCAUUCAGAACAACCGCAGGAAUGUCAGACGCCGCAUGCAGAACAGGGAAGCCCAACGGCGAUUCCGCGAACGCAGGGAACAGGAACAGAAGACGCUCCAGCAAGUGGCCGACGAUCUUCGCACCGAGUACCAGGUGCUCUGUGACCAACACGCCAAGAGCACCGCCGAAGUCUCCCGGCUCCUCGGGGAGAACGACGCGCUGCGAUCCGAGGUCAAGAACCUCCGUCAACGAUGGCGCCUGAUGCUGGCCGUCCUGCAAUGGCCAGGGGACUCGCGCACACCGUCCAGUCCUGGAGACGAUGCAGCAUUUUUUGACGACGUCCGGCGCUGUUUGGGGCACUUAGCCGAUGAAUUCUCGCCCCACAGCCCGAGUUAG